UUGCCCUAUGCCACCCGCUCAUUUUUCUUCCCCAAUUCCUAAAACAGAAAGAACACCCACCCUAAUCCUGCAAAUCGAAUUUCUUCGAUUACUCUCUCAUAUCUCAACCAAACCACCUGAUUUUUCGUGCAUUAGCAUCUUCAACUAAUCCUAUACAAGUACGAGGUGGAUUUCAUUGUGUCUGGUUAUAUUUCGAAGAUUUUUUUUUUAACCUUUUACAACGAUGGUAUUGGUGGGACUUUCUUCAAAGAGAAAGUCGAAGAAGAAACCAAGAGCUAAAAAACAAUGUAGAAAUAAAAAUCAAUGAGGUAGAUUAUGUUUCAGAGGAGUAUACAAAGGAAAUCAAUGUCAUGGAUUAUCUCUCAGAAGAUAUAUGGUUUGAGAUAUUCACUCAUCUCCCUCUAAAACGGAUCUUUCAGCUGAAGCUUAUUUCUAAACAAUGGUAUUCUCUAAUCUCUAGCAGUAAUUUUUGUACCAGGAAAUUGAAUCUAUGCACUUUCUUUUAUAAGAUUCGCUUUGUUCGUCUACCUCGUAUUCGUUAUCAAUUUGUUCCGAUGCUAUUUUCAAGCAAUACGGAUUCUUCUGAUUAUUUCAUGUCUGAUCAAGCUUAUAUCCGUUAUGGGUUUUCUUUUAACUUCCUUCUGGAAAACAUGCAAGAAGGACUAUGUAUUUUAGGUUCUAGCAAUGGUUUGCUUCUGUGUCGUUAUCCACUUCCUCUCUGGGGUGGCGACCCGCCAUACUACUAUUUCAUUUGUAACCCACUCACCAGAGAUUGGAUUCCAAUACCCGGUUCGAUAUAUGAUGAUGAUGAGCAUGAAUCUCGCGCUUUGGUAUGUGAAUCGUCCUCGUCCACCUGGAACACUAGUCCUAGUGGUUUCAAGGUGGUUCGUAUACCAGAAAUUACUGUACCCACUAAGAAAUUUUAUCUUAAAAUUUCUUCUUCGAGUACAGGUUGUUGGAAAAAUCGUAAGGUUUUGCGCUCGGAUAAAAUCACUAUGCUGUAUGAAAACACAAAGAAAGUAGUUAGUGAUCAAAAUGAACGCUUGUAUUGGAUUGUAGAAACAAAUAAGAUUUUAGUUUAUGAUCUCAAGAAUAAUGUAGGUGGUAGUGGUGAAUGUAUGCUGAUUGGCAUGCCGAAGUACGAAGAAAAGGACCAUGGAUCAGUCGGUGACUCGGUGCUACUCUAUCAUCUCUUGCCGAGUCGGAAGGGUUUAUCUUUUACAUUAGAGUCGAAAAUAAGAAGAUGGAUGUUGGUGUUUGGUUGCUAGAGGAAAAGGAUGAUUGCGGUGAACAAUGGUAUUGGAAAGAAGUUUAUAAGAUUACACUGAAUGAAGUGUUAGAAGGUUAUGAGUGGAACAGCACCAGGAUAAAGAACAUGAAACCUUUAGGUGUUAGUCCAAUAGACAGGAAUAUUAUGUUCUUGCAGAGUGGCGAAUACAUUUUACAGUACAACAUGUUGACUAGAAGAUCACAGUUGCUCUCCCUUAGUUCUCAUUUAUGUGUUCCUAUAUCAUAUUAUGAAUUUGGGGUGCUGCCAUUUCUUAUGGAAACAAAGCUGACAAGAAUUCCAGUAAUAAGAAAAGCAUAGUUGUGGAUCUACAAACUUAAUGGGUACAUAGAGUUCCAGUUUUGCAUUAGACUGUUGCUCCUUUUGGGUGUUAUAAAAUCAACAUCGACGCUUAAUUACAAUUUGAACACAUUGUCACGGGUAUUAACAGGCUGAUUCGGAAUGGGGAGCUUUAUACCAGCAAGGAGUGUAGCUCAAGCAGAAUCAUGGGGUUCUUGUAUGCUUUUUUCAAUGAGCAUAUCAAGUAGAUUUAUAGAAAAUCAUCUUUAAAUGAGUUAAUAAGCAGUUGAUGAACGGUCUUCUUGGCACCACUCAGGUUGUUCACUGGCAGGAUGAUUAAUAUAGAUAAGUUGUGUCUUUAGGUUUGUUUGUUGAAGAGUCAUGUGUUGCUUCAGGAGAAUGUGUUGUGAUCUUGUUAUUGUCUGUAUAGAGUCGCUAGCUGAGUAUGUUUGCACAAUUUGAACACAUUGUCAAGGUGGACUAAAAGCUCUUAUGUCUUGCGGUAUCAGUUUUCAGUUUCCAGGCGAAAAUGAAAGCGUACUUGUGAAGGUUUUGAACCAGUGAAACAGGAUAUACACUACAUCAGAUCAUUCUCGCAUUUCCAUUCGGUUCUAACAACUAUUUGAAAUCUCCUUCAGUUAAUCAAGAAACCGUUUUGUUGUGUCGCAGCAUAAAUUUUCUGACUAACAUCACUUCAACUUAACUGCAAACUAUUUGGUUUCCAAUUCUCCCAACCAAACGAGCCGUUAGGGAAUUAUGAUUGGUUUUCAUCCUGCGAUUUAUGUAUUUAUUAUUUUCUUCUUCACAGCAAGCAAAAGGGUGUACGUAGAGCAAAAAAGAGACCCCAUUUUUUGUUUUGUUUUGAAAAGGAAGUGGUGAAGUGUUUUUUUUUUCAUAGUGAUUUUGUGUAAUCAACAGCAAAGAGAUGGUGAAGAAGAUGAGAUCUUCAUCAGUAACUAGAAGAGUUCCCGAGUUCUUCAAGAUCUUUUUCUCCCCUGAAAGCUUCAACAAAAUGAAAAUCCCUGUAGAAUUCUUGGAACAGUUAACAUGUGAAAUUCCUGGAAUAUUUUCUUUACGUGGUCCAAGUGGAAAAGUUUGGAGAGUACGCUUACUUGAGACGGGUGAUGGCUGUUACUUUGAAAAAGGAUGGCAAGACUUUGUGAUUGAUAACUUUAUGAGUGAUUAAGACAUUUGUGUUUUUAAAUAUGUUGAUGAGAAUUGGUUACAAGUGCAAAUAUUUGAGCAAAAUGGAUGUGAAAAAGAAUCUGCAUUCGAAGCCAAUUGCAGUCAAGCAUCCACAACUAAUUGUUCUGCAAGAUGCUGGGGGAAAAUGGCAAUGAAGAAUCAAGGUAAGUUUCCAAUAUUUAAAGGUCGAGCAUCUACAAUGAAUCGUUCAGCGAGAAGCUGGGGGAAAAAGGCAGUGAAGAAUCAAGAUGAAAGACUAGGAGGACCUUUGAUAUCACGAAGACGUGACAUCACAGUGGAAGAAGAUAAUAUGGCAUUGGAUGCAGCACUUGGAUUUGUCUCUACAAAUCCCUAUACGAUGAUCACUAUGCGAAAUUCCCAUGUUUAUACUGGAUUCUGUCUGGUGAGUUUCUGGUUUCCUGGACUGCUUUUUUUUAAGAACCUUGUAAAUUAAUGAUGAGCAUGGCUUUUGGAGAAUGCAGUAGCAAGUGGGUAAUUUUUCCAAGUUCUGCCUUAUUUAUAGCACCUGGAUUCAGUGGGGGGUGGUGGUGGUGGUGGGUGGGGGAUGGUGGCUUGGACUAGGUCAGUGGGGUUGGGUUUGAUGUGUUAAUUUGUUAUACAGUUGUGGUAUUUCUUGGCUUCUUGCCUCCUUGGUCUUUCUAGAAUUGGUAAAAACCCAUUUUACAAGCUGGAUUCAGAAUAGAAUUUGAAAGAAACGGAAGCCUAUUUGAAAAUUGUAUUAAAAAAAAAGAAGCCUAUUUGAAAAUUGACCUUCUAUACUGUAAUUUGGGUAAUUUGGAAAAAAAAAUAACAUUGUUUUUUAAUUCCCU